AUUUUCGUUGAUCCUCUAUCACCACUGUCGCAGCCGCUUUUAUUUCGAUUCAAAGAUCCUUCAAAUAUCUGAUUCACAACUUAAGUACUCGAUUUUUAUUCUUAUCCUUCGAUCCUUCCUUCGAUCCUCUCGGAGGUACACUCUUUCGUACGACUGGCCGAGCAAUUCUGUUACCUUACCACCGAUCGAAACAACCUCACUUUUCCACCGCUCUCUCGCGACACAACUUCUCAACCUACACACCUCACCACCCUACUUGCCAACUACACAUACUCCAAAUCGCUUUUUACAUACUUGCCAACUGGAAAUUCUCCCCACGCAUAUACGAUCGAGUUACGAUUGCCAACGUUCACCAUCGAAUUUACCUACCGUGUAACUAGGACAAAAAAAUUAUACCCACUCUUUGGCUACGAUCCCGAUGUGUAUCGUUGUUUCCUUUUCUUCACCUGUAAACAAUCAAUUUUUCAACGAUAUUUUAAUUGUUCAUUGUUAGAUUUUAAGUACUCCUGACAAACAUCGAUUAGUGAUAAAUCGAGUGCGAUCGUUAUCGAUUGAAACAACCGAAGCAGGAAGAAUUUGAAUAUGAAAAAUUAAACUUCGAAAAUCGUGGAUGGUUUUUUUAUUUAAGUUUAUAAUCUGUUGGCAAUUAAGCGCAACACCUAUCUUAAGAUAUGUAAUUUUGUUCAUUCCUGGAAUCUUAUCGACGAAAUUGUACGUUGUCAAUGACGAUUUUUUUUUUAUUUGCUUUUUUAUGCAUAUAAGUUAACAUGAACGUAUGUAUUUAAUCAUGUAUUUAAAUAGUAUAUGUACUACUACCAGGUAACAGUUAAGUACAUUAAAUUUUUCAUGAUCAAUUUUCAUGUAUAUUCGAAUGAGUGGUACAUAUAAAAUUGAAAUUAUGUCAAAAGAGUCAAAUUUCUCAGAUUCUGGUAGUAGGAAGCAAUGUGUACCUCCUGUAAAAGUUGCUUAUAAAAAUAAUCACUACGAAAGUGAGGCAAUGCCUCAGUGCUCACGACUCCAACAGGAGACAAUAAAUUGUAAGGAUAAUCGCAAGAAUGUUGCUAAACAAACUUCCAAACAGAAAACCCAGAAUGGUCGCAAAACAAAAAAGAAAAAGAAGAAGCAAAAUGAAAAAGAAAAUCCAAGUAUAGUUUAUUCUGAGGAGACCAAAGAAAAUGAAACUGAUUUUAAAAAAUCGAAAUCCUUGAAAGAAAAGGAGACAUUUCCAAAAUAUAUACCUACAAGUAAAAUCGAUGAGAUUUUAAUGCUCAAAAAUUCAAUGGAUGUACAGUAUGUAGAAGGAUAUCUGCGUAUUAAUUCUAGAUAUAAUAAGCAUGCUUAUUUAUCUUUAUUCGACGAUCAGUGCGACCUACUGAUAAUUGGUAUAAGAGACCGAAAUCGUGCUUUGGACGGAGACUUUGUUGUAGCUCGUAUAAAUCCUCCAGAAAAAUGGCGUACGCAUCAAGGACAGAUACAGAAAACAGGCAUUGUUAUUUGUAUAAGAGAAAAAAUACAUCCAAGGAAAGCGGUUGGAUGCUUAAGACAAAGGGAUUCGUCCAUAUUUUUUUAUCCUAGAGAUCAACGCGUUCCGUUGAUUAAAAUAUAUCGGGAAUCGUUGGAACGAUUCGCCGCAGAUUUAAACAGUUGCGAUGAUACAUUAUAUCUCGCUGUUUUAACUAACUGGGUGAAGCCUCAAUUUGCGUUUGGAAAAAUUGAAAAAGUAGUCGGAAGUAUAGGCGAUGUAGAAGUUGAGUCUAAUGCAAUAUUACUUGAACAUGAUUUGGAUGUAACACCAUACAGUCUUGAUGCAAUAGAAGGACUUCCUAACAGCGACUAUUCAUUGACAGAGGAUGAUUUAAAAGAUAGAGAAGAUUGGAGAGACGAAUGCGUGUUUACCAUAGAUCCGGCCACAGCAGUUGAUUUAGAUGAUGCGGUUUCUUGCAAAAUUUUAGAAAAUAAAAAUUAUGAAAUCGGUGUACAUAUAGCGGACGUUACUCAUUUCCUUGAUUUUGCAUCACCGUUGGAUGUCCAAGUUUCAAAACGAGCAACAACCAUUUACAUGGCGGAUAAUGUAUACCAUAUGUUACCAAAACAAUUGUGCCAAGUAUGUUCCCUACUACCAGGCCAAGAUAAACUAGCUUUCUCCGUUAUUUGGGAAAUGACAGAAGAUGCUAAAAUUGUCAGUCAUCGUUUCGCUAAAACUGUAAUAAGGUCGUGUUGUCAAAUGGCGUAUCAACAUGCACAGAUAUUCAUUGAAAAUCCAGAAAAAAAUUGGCCUAAAGAUUUCUUAAGUAUAAGCGGAAAUUUUACUCCUGACGAUUUAUCGAGAAAAGUAAACAUUUUAAAUAAUUUAGCCGUUCAGAUGCGUAAUAAAAGGUUUGAAAAUGGAGCGCUACGAAUAGAUCAACCUAAAUUGCAUGUUACAAUUGAUAGGACCACGCGUUUACCAGUAUCGUACAGUAUAGAAGAACAGCGAGACAGUAACAGACUUAUAGAAGAAUUUAUGUUGUUAGCUAACAUGACGGUUGCCACUCAUUUGUAUGAUACCAUUCCCGAAACCGCUUUGCUACGUAAUCAUAGAGAACCAUCGCAGCGUGUUCUCAAUACGACCAAAGAAACUCUGCAAAGAUUUGGAAUUCAUUUGGACGUUAAAUCGUCCGCUUCCUUGCAUGCCAGUAUCAAACUUUACGAAGAAGAGAUAGAUUUUCAAAGUAACGAGUCUAAAACUAUGACGAAGUACAGAAUGAUGGUCAUCAACAGUCUUUGUUCCAAAGCUAUGGCACGUGCGACUUACAAGUGUUCCUCGACUGUUAACACAGAGGACGACUUGAAGCAUUACGCUUUAAAUGUGGCCCUUUACACGCAUUUUACUUCUCCGAUUAGACGGUAUUCGGAUUGUGUAGUACAUCGUUUGCUAUAUUGGACUAUGCAAAACGUAACAUUGCCCGAAAAAUGGUCGGAAAAAUUGUGCAAAGAAAUAGCAGCAAUUUGUAACAUCAAAAAGUAUAAUGCAAAAAUGGCUCAAGAACGUAGCAGUGAAUUGUACUUUACGUACUUAGUGGACUUGAACGGUCCUAUGAUCACUAUAGGCAUCGUGUUGAACGUAACAGAAAAUUUUAUAGACGUUAUACUAUGCCAUGUUGGUAUAAAGUUAAGGAUUUCUCUUUCAGAGUUACGGAGUUCGGCGGAUAUUGAAUAUUCUUCAGAGUAUUCAGUUCCGACGAUACGUAUUUCUUGGAAAGAAACGUCUGCUAGUCAGGUAAUAAAUGUUUUUACUUUAUUGUAUUUGCAAGUUGAAAAGCAUCCCGAGUUUUUUCAACUGAUCGGUACCAUUCUACCACCGAAUGAGGAGGAAAUAGAAUCGUAACAAUUUAUGUUGUGAAUCAUAUUUUUAUUUAUACGAUAUUUACAUGAAAUUCAUAUUUUGGACUAUAUACAUUUCAUGGAUGUUAUGUUGAAUUUUAAGUGGCAGCUUAAAGAGAAGUGGAUCAUAAUUAGAUAGAAAAGAGACAUUAUUUUGUAAUGAUAUUUUCGAAGAUGGAUCGUUCAAAACAGGUAAAAAAAAAAAA